AGACAGAGAAGAUUUACAACAUCUCACACAGAUUCGCAGUCGUAGAGGAUUUGGAUUUGGAUCAACGUACCUGUGUCAGCGCUUCUGUGAUGGAUCAACAUCUGUCUUGCUCCAUUAUUCUUAUUGCCUUUUCUUUUUAAAGUGAUCUCAGACUCAGUCUAAUUGGCUGUCGCGAUGGCAUCGAUCUUGAAAAGCCAAAUGUAAGUUUUGUAAAAAUUCCACAUGCACGACUUGCUGUACAUAACCUGUUGAACAAAUACUCUUCCUUGGCUUGCUAGAGAGAAAAGAAAACACUCCAACAUCAAAAUGCCUCCUUCGUGUGAAGCUGAAGAUGUUGACGCUGCAAGGAGCUGCAACAAGCGUCGGCUACAAAUUGAGCACCUUCGAUUUUUGUCCGACACUGCCUUCUACCUUCCUCCAAUUGCGCCUGCAUCAAUCGUCCCGGAUGAUGAACCACAGAACAGUUGCAAGCAGCUUCAGGAGCAUGAUCGCACGGGACCUCCAACCGCAGUCGCUCUUGCUUCGCCUGCCGUUGGGCGUUCGACCUCCACGUGCUCUUCCUCUGCAGCUGCCGACUUGCGAGCGACAUCUUCGAGGACGUCAGUGCGCGAAAUAAACGGCUCGUCUAGCAACGGAGUUGGUCUUCAUCUUCAGAGUUGUUGUGAUAGCACCAACCACGCAGCUGCGAUGUUGAACGAUGCCGAAAUAGUAAAGCUCUUCCAAGAUUUGGGCAAGCAGUACGAAACGACCCUGACCGUUGAUCUGUCCUGUGCAUCGCUGAAGAACGACGAACAGGACACCCCACUCGAAACGCAACUCCACCUCAACAAAGGCGUAAGACUGUGUCUCAACUGGCUUUCGGAGAGAAACUUUUUUUCCCAAUCGAAAAAUCUCACCCUCGCCCUUCACCCGACAGUGUACACCUGUGACCAAGCAAGGCGAUUUUCUCCCCAUUUGGGAGAAAAAACCGCGGAGAUGAAAAAUCUUUUGCUGAAGGAUAAAAAGAAGAACCUUUUCCUUCUCUCCGCCGUGGCGUCAACGAAAAUAGAAUUGAAAAAACUCAAACUCUAUCAAAUGUAAAAGUGUCUGGGUCUGGAGACUUGUGAUGCUGAGUGGCGUCUUAUGAUGAGGCUAAAGAUGCUGGCUCAGCAUGACAAGUUUCUGAGCUCCUAGGUGUUGCCUAUUCCGCAUGACAAACUGCGCUUAUGCAUCACAGAAAAACGGAGCUCGUGGGUAACGUGCAUGACAGAUUUAAGAGUCAUGCCAGACAAGCAUGACAAACAUGAAUUCUUCCAGACCCAGACAUUUUUACAGUUGAUAAACUCCCGGGUGCUGCAAGUGGCGGCUUGGGUUUUGCCAGCAGCGACAGCCUGCUCCAGGCGUUAGAACUGCUGCCGGGGAGUUAUGAAAGCCUCAGAGUUGAAAUCCUCAAAGUGGAAAUAAUUUGUGGCGCAUGAAAUGCAAGGCAAAAAAGACUGUAUUGCAGAGGACACAAUGGAGGCCGACUAUUGUCCUGCUAGGGGUGAAGAAUUGGACUGCUGAUUAGCACGACAGAAGGGCACCCCUUUGCCUAACUAGCAUGACAGACACGUUUCGAGUGCCCGGGAAAUUUGUCAUGCGCCGACUACAAAUGGCGCUUCAACUGGAGUCGUUUUUUUGCAUUACAAAUUAUUUCCACUUUGAGGAUUUCCAACCUGAGGCUUUCAUAGGAGUGUGACGCCGUUUGGACUGCUGUUUAACCGCGACUGUAUCGGUGGAGAAGAUGAUGAAACGACUGGCAGUUCUUGCCAAGCUCGCCCGAAAGUUAGUUACUUUCUCGAUGAAAAUGCGAAGUGCUACGACCGACUGGCAUUCCACCCUUGCGCCUGCCACAGCACGCUGGCGUUGCCGGUAGACACUUUUUGCGCAUUCAUUCGCGAAUGCACGGGAGAUCCUGAAGUUGCAUUUGUCUCUUUGUGAUAAGUAGGUCCGAGCAGCUUGCUAGUACAGGAAUAAAAGCCAAGUCUGCAGCUGAAAAAUUUUCAU